AGAAAAUGGCCUUAAAGCUUGAAUUCUUUGAAAUUAAGUUUUUCGGAGUUUUGGGGCGAGAGGCAAUGGAUCAAAAAGAGAGAAAGUGCAGGUUGAUUGGGGAUUAUAUACUUGGGCCAAAGAUAAGUAAGGGGUCGUUCUCUGAGGUGUGGCUUGCGAGGCAUAGAUACAAGGGAUGGUUGGUGGCAGUAAAGGAGAUUGACAGGAAAACGUUUGCUAACAAACUGAGCGAGAACCUUCUUAAGGAGAUUUCAAUACUCAGACAAAUCCAUCACCCUAACAUAAUUCGACUUCAUGAAACAAUUGUGCUUGAAUACAAAAUAUUCCUUGUAAUGGAGUAUUGUAUUGGGGGUGAUCUUGCUGCAUACAUUCAACGCCAUGGAAGAGUUGCAGAGGACAAGGCUCGGCACUUUAUGAGGCAUUUAGCUUUAGAAUUACAAGUUCUUCGUGCAAACAAUCUCAUCCGUAGAGAUUUAAAACCACAGAAUCUUUUGUUGUCAUCAAAUAAUGAAAACCCAAUGCUAAAGAUUGGAGAUUUUGGUUUCGCCAGGCAUCUGCAUCCUCAAGGACUGGCAGAAACAGUGUGUGGUUCUUCGCUAUAUAUGGCUGUCGAGUGUUGACAAGGAAACCACCAUUUGAUGGAAAUAAUCAAUUUCUGCUUUUUCAGAACAUAUUGAAGUCUACUGAUUUCAGUUUCCACCAGAUGUUAUUAGGGAACUACAUCCUGAUUGCAUUGAUAUGUGUAGAAAGCCUUUUACAUCGUAAUCCAGUUGAGUGAUUAACAUUCGAGGAGUUCUUCAAUCACAAAUUAUUGGCUCUUAGGCCAUUGCAGGUUCUCCAGCAUCGGGCACCAGUAACAGAAGACAUGCUUCCAGUUACACGAAGGAAAAAAUUAAUAUGAAGGAAGAGAGGGAAAUUUCUUAGCGCGAGGGAAGAAACUGAAUACGUGCAGAAUUUUCACGGAAAAAUGCUAACCCACAAGUUAACGCUUUUCACCAUUUUCUAAAAUUCAACUCCAACCUAUUUUUUUGGGGAUCCUGAUAUUGGGGCGUUAUUCUUUUGAGAAAGUUAACCUUGAAUUAAAGAAUGUGAGUACAAGAAGCUAGGCAAACCACAAGCUGAUGCACUAGGGAGAAAGAAAGAGAAAGAAACAGAAUCCUUCUUUUUGGGAGUUACAAUCGAAGAGCAACCCAAAAAAAGACGCCGAUCCAAAAAGUCAUGCUAGUUUUCUGCCAAAGAUGCCGCUGCUUUAGUGAGGUGUUGGUUUCCUGGUUUCCUUCUCUCCAGAUAUGCCUCCAAGAGAUAUGCAGAUCUCAUCGAAAUACUGAGCCAGGAACCAGGGAGGUGGGGUGGAAGAGGGCAUCUGCACCCAUGAGAUGACGUUCUUUGAAUCCCCCUCAAUACUAAUAGAGAGGAAGGUUAGGGAUUGAACUAGCUUGAGUCCUUCCAACAGUGCAACUGUUACAGCUUCCAAAGAAUCAGCAUGACCUAGAGGUUUCGAGAUAGAGGCCACCGUUGUACCAAGGUGGUCCUUGACGAUAGCACCUACUCCAGAUGACCCAGGAUUUCCGAGGGAGCAACCAUCAAAGUUGAGCUUAAGAUGUCCGAGUGUAGGAGGUCUCCACAAGGCUGCCUGAGGUAAACGCUUGUGGCUGUAUGGAAGAAACAGCAGUCCAAUUUUGGGCAAAGGCUGAGGUAGAGAACCCUUUGAAUCAAUGGUGACUGGACACCUAGAAAACCACCGUGGAUUUGAACAUGGCGAAGGUCUUGUUGUAGUCGUUGUUGUCUUUUAUGUCAAAGUUAUCAAUUUUGUAUACUUUUUUAUGGGUGCGGUUUGUAUAGAGCUGAGGCUCUAAACAAUCA